CGCAAGCGCACGCCGCCUGACGCAAGGGCGGAAGUGGGCGGGAGGGCGGAGCCGAAGUAGGCGCAUGCGCGCGGCCGCCUUCUUUUUCUCUCUUUCCCCCUCGUUGCUGCCGCCAUGGCGCCUGCGAAGAAGCUUGUGACGAAGGGUGGCAAAAAAAAGAAGCAGGUUCUGAAGUUCACUCUAGACUGUACCCAUCCAGUAGAAGAUGGCAUCAUGGAUGCUGCCAACUUUGAGCAGUUCCUGCAGGAGCGGAUCAAAGUGAAUGGGAAAGCUGGGAACCUUGGUGGGGGUGUGGUGACCAUCGAGAGAAGCAAAAGCAAAAUCACAGUCACCUCAGAGGUCCCUUUUUCCAAGAGAUACCUGAAGUACCUCACCAAGAAAUACCUGAAGAAGAACAACUUGCGCGACUGGCUCCGCGUGGUCGCCAACAGCAAGGAGAGCUACGAGUUGCGAUAUUUCCAGAUCAACCAGGAUGAAGAGGAGGAGGAGGAAGAAGAUUAAAUGCAAAGGAAUCUGGCAAUAUUUUGUACAUUCACUUUUCCUUCAAUAAAAUACGGUGAAAGUUGUUAUAA